GCAGGCUUACUAAGAUUUUGAAAAAAAAAAUUUCAGCCUCCUGCUUUAAGUGAAAAUGAGUCUCAAAGCAUCACCACUACGUCACAGUGUUUACAACAGGUUUCUCUUCAUGUCAAACUCACCACUUGAGCGUUUAAAUAAAAACUAUUUUGCUGAGGACCCACAUAUUGUGCAAAAUAUUCCUUAUGCUUCUGAUAUGUUAAAAAAUCAUGGGAAAUGCCCUUACUGGACACUUUUAAGAAAAUUCUGCCCAAGUAUAUUAGAUCACCAGAUGAAUAAAAGAAAUAUAAAUGGACAAAAGAAGAAAAUAUUUCCUGAGCAGUUAGUAAAAAACGAAGCACCUAUUCUUGGUGUCUACUUAUUUAUUAGAAGUGUUCUCCUGAAGCUUAUUCCAACAGAGUUACUUGGAAGUAAGCAUAACUUCAACUCUUUUUUACAAAAAGUUAAGAAACUGCUAGCUGUCCAGCAUCAUGGGAAGAUUUCACUCAUGUUUAUCACAGACGGUCUUAAAACCAAAGUUAUCGCCUGGCUUAGGAGUUUUGAUCUGAAGCAGCAAAAAGAAAAGCUAGACCAUGUCGUCCACUACCUGAUCACCCGAGUUAUCUCCCCUUUGCUGCAGUCCUUCUUUCACAUUACAGAAUCAACAACCAACAAAAACAAACUCUAUUUUUACCGCAAGAAAACAUGGCAGAAGCUCACACUUGCUUCGUCUGAAAAAUUCAAACGUCUGUGCCAGCUCAAAAUGGUCCCUGAACAAUCAGUGGAGAAUCGCAUCAAAAAUAGCAAGUGUUUAGGGGUCUCGAAAGUCAGGUUUCUAGUAAAAAAAUCAGCUGUAAGGCCUAUCUUUAACCUGUCCUAUAGCAAGAAACGUGCAUCAAUCAAUCAACAUUUGAGGACUCUAUUGCAUGUGCUGACCUAUGAGAGAGACAAUGACCCUGAGAUGUUUGGCUCAAGUGUAAUGGGGUUGGACGAAGUCCACCUCAAAUGGAAAGAGUACGUAGCCAAAUUUCCCAAGCCCUUGAAACAAAAGCUGUAUUUCGUCAAGCUAGACUUAGAAAAAUGUUUCGACACAAUCAACCCAUGUCUGUUAUAUGGUAUUGUUGCUGGUAUCUUGAAGAAAACACAGUAUAAGGUAUACAGGUAUAAAAGACAAAUCACAAUCGGUGGGGGACAGACAAAGUCAGUUUAUUUUGAAAGUUUGCAUCCACCGUCAGAAUUUAAUAAAAAAUUCGGAGAGAAAAUCGUAUCUAAUGGUUCGUAUUUAGUUACGAAAGAAAUUCUUCUGCAGAAGUUGUGUGCACUUCUGUUUUACAAUGUCACUAAACUCGGCAAGCAGCAAUACAUUCAGACAGUUGGGAUACCACAAGGUUCCGUUGUGUAGCUACUGUGCGCAGCGUAUUACGGUCACAUGGACAGAACUAUGCUCGGGCCUCAUUCAGGGCAGAAAGAUCUCCUGAUUAGGAUGGUUGAUGACAUGCUGUACGUAACUCCCGUCAAAGAAAAAUGCAGAGUUGUUGCUCAAAAUAUUUCUGGAAGUAUCCCAGAAUUCAACUGCCGGAGCAACUUGAAAAAAAUGCAGCAUCAACUUUGAAUACAGCCACCCAGUGUUUGGAAGGGUCCCAAACCUCAUUGAUUCUCAAGACAAUUUCAUC